AUGCCGCACAACGCGAAGUUCGAGGGACCUUUGUAUCAUAGAGGCGGCCGCAGCUCAGCUUCAUCACGGACGGGUCGCACAAGCAGCAGCCGCAGCUCGACGGUUUCACGUCGCUCAACCGCGCGCUCGUCAUCACUUGCAAGCACACGUCCACCAAGGAGUCACCAGCAAAGUCAGCGGGCUGACUUCGUGCAGAGCGGUUUCCGAAUUUUAUCUUCAGAUGCGCAGCAGAGCGGUGACCUAGUCCCAGAAGACGACGAUGCCAACGAUGAUACACUCAGUGAGGUCAUCAUGGCCGUCGAUAUCACACCUCGCAGGACUGUUGGCUGCUGUUACUAUGUUGCCAGGGAAGAACGGGUUUACUUCAUGGAGGACAUACAGAUUGGCGAUGUUGACAUCGUCGACACUUUGAAAACCUUCAUCGACCCCACAGUCAUCCUGGUCUCGACGAAGAUUGAUGAUGCAGUGAUUGAUCGUUUCGAUCCUGGAGCCAGAAGCGGCGAGUCGGUCAGUGGCACUGACGAUCAGUUUCGCCUACCAUUCUUACUGGAUGUCCGUCCUCCGAACGAAUUCUAUUACGAUGCAGCCAAGAGCAAGCUCAUGACCUUGAAAUUAGGUGAAGACGAUGGCGCUCGAGUUACUUUCAAUGUACCAGGCGAGCAUUCAGGUGGCUACGAUACAGAAAGCGCGCAUGGCCAGCAAGACCAGUUGCUUCGACUUGCUGGCUGGGUCGACAUGGAGAGUCGAAUCACCGUUGGAUGUGCCGGUGCGCUGCUAUCGUACCUACAACGGAGACGUGCUGCAGCCUUUUUGCCGGGCGAUGAUGCUGCAUACUUGUUGUUUCGCAUCACAGCGCUCGAGAUGUUCAGCUUGCGAGAGACCAUGUUCAUCAAUGCAGAAACGCUACACUCGCUUGGCAUCAUCGAUGCAGAGGCACAUCCACACUCUCACAACAGGGGACCAAACGCCAACUCCGGAGAAAAGGAGGGCCUCUCUGUUUACAGGCUAUUCCAUCAUCUAGCAAGAACUCCUCAAGGGAAGUUCUUGUUGCGUCAGUGCUUUAGGCGCCCAAGUCUCAACCUAGAUGUCAUCAAUCAGCGGCUUGACGCUGUGGGCACCUUCUCCCGCCCUGAGAAUGAUGUAAAACUUGAUGCGCUCGUGCAGGAUAUGAAGAACGUCGGCAACAUGCGUGCGAUGAUGAUCAACCUAAGGAAGGGCGUUGGUGGAUCCGUACCAGGAAGGAACGGUCUUUUAAGGAGCGUGUGGACCUCCGUGCGAGGGUUUGCUUUCCAUGCUCUCAAGAUCAAAGAUGCACUACAAGAGAUCUCAGACAGUGACAACCUGACCAUAAAGAAGAAGAUCUUUGAGAAAUUCGAAAGCUAUCAUCUAGCCCAAGUUGGAAGGAAGAUUAGUGAGACAGUAGAUUUCGAGAAGUCUGCAGAAGAACGACGAACGGUAAUAUUGCCGGGCAUUGACGAAGAGUUAGACCAGAUGAAGAGGACACUCGAUGAACUCGAAGACAUCCUCAACCAAGUCGCAAGUAAACUCUCAGAGGGCAUGUCUUCCGAACUCAAGGCCUCUCUCAACGUCAUCUACUUCCCACAGAUCGGGUUUCUCGUCAUCGUCCCAAUCGAUCUGGACACUGGGGCAGCAGUUUACCACGGUAGUCUUGAAAGCCCUUGGGAGAUGAUGUUCUCCGCCGAGGGCCAAGUCUACUUCAAGACUGCCGAAGUGAGAGAAAUGGACGAUUACUUCGGGGAUAUAUACGGCAUGAUCUCAGACCGCGAGAUAGAGAUCAGUCACGAACUCGCGCAGUUUGUGCUGCAGUAUGAGGAGUUGUUCGCAUCCUGCUCGGAUAUCUGCGGCGAGCUUGACACUCUGUUAGCUCUAGCGCAAGGCGCCAAAGACUACAACCUGGUCCGACCACGUAUGACUCUUGAAAACACUAUUCAAAUCGAAAAGGGUCGUCACAUACUCCAGGAAAGAAUCGUUCCAUCAUUCGUGCCAAACGACACCUUCGUCGUCGGCGGAGUUGGCGCCAACGGAUCUGAUGCUGACCCGCAACACGGUUCCUCCAGCUGCCUCCAGAGUAGCACUACGAGCCACGAAGGUGGACCCAGCAUGCUUGUCCUGACCGGGCCGAACUACUCUGGAAAAAGUGUGUACCUGAAGCAGGUAGCAUUGAUCGUCUUCAUGGCACACAUCGGCUGUUUUGUGUCUGCGGAGAGCGCAAGAAUCGGGCUGACCGACAAGAUUCUUUCCCGGGUCACCACACGAGAGACUGUCUCUCGCACCCAGAGCGCCUUCGUGAUCGAUUUGCAGCAGAUCUCGCUUGCGCUGAACUUGGCAACUCGCCGAAGCUUGCUCGUCAUAGAUGAGUUUGGGAAAGGAAUUGAUGCUAGUGAUGGAGCCGGAUUGGCAUGUGCAGUCAUGGAGUACCUGCUCAGCCUGGGUAACGAAAAUCCGAAGGUGAUUGGAGCCACCCACUUCCAUGAGAUCUUUGAGAUGGGUCUGCUAAGGCCUAGGUCUGCGCUCAGCUUUGGGCACCUCGAAGUUAAAGUCGAUGCUGAUAAGUCGGAAGUCGACGACCAGAUAACGUACCUAUACAACUUUUGCGAGGGGCGGAGCACGUCCAGCUUCGGUACUUGCUGUGCAGCCAUGAAUGGUGUGCCGGAAGAGAUUGUCAGACGAGCAGAAGAUCUGAUUCUCCUGGCAAUGAAAGGCGAGGACUUAGUAGCUGCGUGCUGUCAGAUACCGGAGGAUGAAGCCGCAGAACUUGGAGAAGCAGUAAGAGUGCUGAAGCCGCAUAUCAUACUUGCCUGA